AUCCUUUCCCUUCUGGCUUUCGAAACAACAGAGACCUAACUUGUUGACCCUGACUACAGAGCAGCGUGGAGAGUUGAUUACGCCUCACACUCAAGAGAGUGCCGGCGCCAAACCGGCUUCUAAAGAGAAUUUUACUAAGUAAUUUUUUAACAACGAGCAGAAACCUCGAGACUCCCCAACUGCUCGGGGAAAGCAAGAGCUGGCAAAGUCUGCGGCCCCGAUGCCUCCACGUCCGGAGCCCAACGGCUCCGCCCCUCAGGAAGCCGCCGCACUGCGCGUGCGCAAACUACUGUCAACCGCACUCCAGGCGGCCCGGAAGGAAAAAGGCGGGAGCCGCCAAUCCCCGGUGACGCAAAAAUGGCGCUGAGAGACGAGAUGAGGGAAUUCACGCGCAGCUUCUUCCGAGGUUCCCCUGACCUCAGCACGGUUACGCAUUCCAUCGUGCGACAGAAAUUUUUGACUCACGUGGGUCGGCAUCAUCUUGAACCUGAGGAGAAGCGAGCGUUGAAGCGGCUGGUGGAGGAGGAGCUGCUAAAGAUGCAGGCGGAUGCUGGUAGUACCAGGGAAGGAAAGCUAGAAUUUAUCAAAGUGAAGAGGUCUCCUGCUCCCAGCAGUGACCCAGAGAGUAAAAGGUUCCGCUUCAAUUCAGAAUCAGAAUCCAGCUCUCCACCAUCCAGUCCAGACUGCUCAGGACCUCCAACAAAGAGCAGCAAAACUAAGAAGGCAUGUCCAAGGAGAGCCUUAAAGAAAGCAGUUGAAAGUACAGAUGAAGAACAGCAAACAGACCUGGCUGCAAAGAUGGGAUCAGAAAAGAGCAGUGAAGAGGAAGGGGAGGACUCUGUCAGAUCAGGUGAGGUCUGGAAGGAAGAGAACACUAAGGAAGGCGGUGUAAAAAAAGAACAAAAGAGCAGGGCUAAAAAGAAAGCCAAAAACAAGCAAGCGUCCUCAGCAAAUAAGAAGCAGGCUAGGGAAGAGAGUGGAAGCAGUGAGGAAGUUGACCUGCGUAGAGCAAAGGUGGAGGGAAACACAGGUGCCAAACCCCACAUGGAAAGUGAAGACAGUGAAGAGGAGAUCCUAGCCAAGAAGAAAGAACACAGGGAGCCCAGAAGUAGCAACAAAGGAGAGAGAACAGCCCGGGAGAGAAUGAGCUCUAAUAAGCAGAAAAGCAAGACUGUGAGGCUAACUGGAGGCUUGGGAGACAGUGAGGAAGAGAGGGAAAGGGAGGCAGUAACAAGUGGGGACAGCAGUGGGGAGGAAGAGAACUCAGCAGAGAGAAAGAGCGAGGACAGGACCCAGACUGAGAGUGGGAGAAGGCAGAGUACAAGCAGUGAGGAGGCUGAGAACAGCACACAGGGGCAAGCGGCUGCCCAAGGCACUACAGAGACAGGCACAGUAGGCAGCACGAGCAGUGACAGUGACGAGGAGAGGGGAGUGAGCGACUCCCGGGCAGGAGAGGGCACCAAAGAGAGGAAGCCCCGAUCUUCCAAGAAGAGCUCCAACAAAGGCAAAGCACGAAGCUCCUCUUCCUCAUCGGAUGCAAGUCCAGAACCCACAGGUCAGAAGGCUGGCUCUCAUCGCCGUGGAGAGGACCACCCAGCCGUGGCGAGACUGAAGCGUUAUAUUCGAGCUUGUGGUGCCCAUCGAAACUACAAGAAGCUGCUGGGUUCCUGCCGUUCCCAUAAGGAGCGCCUAAGUGUCCUCAGGGCUGAGCUGGAAGCACUGGGCAUGAAGGGCAAUCCUUCCUUGGAGAAGUGUCGGGCCCUAAAGGAGCAGCGGGAAGAGGCAGCUGAAGUGGCUUCCUUGGAUGUUGCCAACAUCAUCAGCAGUUCAGGCCGACCACGAAGACGAAAUGCCUGGAACCCCUCGGGGGAAGGAAUCCCCUCAGGAGAGCUUUAUCGCCGAACCUUGGAUUCGGAAGAAGAGAGGCCACGCCAGGCACCUCCGGACUGGUCCCAUAUGCGUGGCAUUAUCAGCAGUGAUGGUGAGAGUAGCUGAACUCCAUGCCCCAAGAUGGAUCUUACCCUGUUAUACAAGAGCCUGUACCACUGAAGCCAUUUUCAAAGACAGACUGUAGGCACAGGGAUCUAAGUUGCUGGCACACUACUCAGUUUCAUGUUCUCUAAGGUGUUCUGGGGGCUUGGGGUUGUUGUUUUGUUCUUAAACACCCAAUAAAGAAAUGUUUGUAAUUACUUCA